GGUGUUAGAGUCCAUGAAUCUACCAUUACACAAAUCUUACAAACCAAAGAUAAAUGGCUUACCACUGAAAUUGUUAAUCCUAAAAAAAAAAAAAAUAGAGCUAUCACAGUUCCAGUCCUUGAGCUUGCUUUUAAGGAAUUUGUGCUAACUUAUCAGUAUAAAAUGAUCUUAGAUGAUGCAUUGUUAAUCAAAAAAGCAAAAUUACUUGCUAGUAGGUUGGGAGUACCUGAAGAUCUCAAUUUUUCUGACCCAAUGCAAAUAGAAGAGUAUCUAGAUAUUCCUGAUAAAAAUAUCAUCUACAAAGUUCCUGAUAAUAAUCAAAUUAUUUCAGAUCUCGUAGAAACAUUUAGAGAGAGAUCUGAUGAAAUGGAAGAUAAGGAUCCAGAAGAGGCAAGCAAUAGUGUUGAAAAAGAAAUCGUAAAUCCAAGUGAAGCCUUUAAAAGCCUAGAUAAUAUAUGUACCUUUUUGCUUCAGCAAGAAGGUGCAAGUGAAUAUAUAAA